AGCAGCCCAUACAGCGUUGAUCCAAUCGUGUGCGAUCUCGGCUUGGACCUUCGACUCGGCUGCAUACCCGUCUCGUCGUCAAUCCUGGUUCUGUUCUUGUUCGAUCAAACCCCAUAUCGCAGGAGAUCAUUCUAGUUCAGGACCUAUAGCCGUGACUUCCAUUUACGGUCAACAUGUCAGCACAGCAGACUCACCCUCGUCGCCGCCCAUAUAAGGCCUCAAGUCCCCAGCCCUCUCACUUGAGCACUCACGGCAUGCAACUACGAAAAUGCGGUACCUAUUCGUCGCCCAAGUCGAUCUCAUCUGAUGUCUGUGACCUCGAAAACCACCCAUAUAUGCCGCGCCGCUCCCCCACUUCGACUGAGAGCCUCGAAGAACUCAUCCAAGACUCGAGCGUACAACGCGUAGCCAACCUACUCAAGGAUUUCGACAAGAAGAUUGCUGGACACAAGGCCUCACCCACCAAUAUUCUUAGUGACCCUGAGGUUCUUCCUUUGCCGAGCUUCAUCAUUGACAGCAGCAGCAUGGAGAGUGGCCCUAUGGAGAUCGAUUCCAAAUCCCCCUCCGUUGUACGGAGGUCUCAUGACCACGCUUCUGAUAGUGGACUUGGUUCCAGCGUGAACGACUCGAAAUAUGGAGAUCAUGCUCCUCGACGCUCUAUCACUCGAGCCUCUGUUACCGCCUCUGUUGCUUCCAGCCAUUCCGCCAUUACUCGGUCUUUCUCUGCUCUUGGAGCCUCUGACGAGAAACAUACGCUGGGCGAGUAUGCAUGCAAACAGAUCCACGAUCAUAUUAUCAAGCCUAUUCUUGCGGAAGACUCCUUAAAGGACUUUCAUCCAUUAAUUAAGGAUGUUCCCCGCCGCAUCGGCGAGAAGAACAUCUGCAAUCUACGCGAUCUCGAAAAGACAUUGAUAUUCUUAGCACCGGAGUUAUCGGCGACACCAAAAUCAUACCAACGAUUCUGCGAACGUUCAAUUCAACUAUUGCACGCGACUGUCGACCAUUUGUCCGAACAAGACCAGCGCCUACCGACCGAUCGCCCAUACACUAACAACUAUUUCCUCGAUUUGGUCGAACAGAUUCGGCGCUACGCUGCGAUAAUGGCCGCCACACGACAGAAGGAGGCAAAGGGGGAAGAGCUAGACGAGAUGGAUUACUCAAGCAAUGAGAAAUUGACCCUUCGAGGCGGCCUGAGCCAUAAUGGUCGCCCUGCGGUCUUGGUUCGUGAGAAGGAAGGCAAGGUCUUACCACUCGUUGACAACGCCGAAGAACACCUGCAAGGAUUCUCGCCACCUAAGCGUCCCUUGUCUGAUGAUGAUGAUGACAACGAGGGUAUUCAGCGCUCCAUGGCUCGACGAAGAAAGUCCGAUAAACCUGGAGACGUCAUGCACGUUUGCCGUGAUUGCAAGAAGGAGUUCAAAAGGCCAUGCGAUUUGACCAAGCACGAGAAGACCCAUUCGCGACCGUGGAAGUGCACGAUCGCCAAGUGCAAAUAUUACGAUCUCGGUUGGCCAACAGAGAAGGAGCGUGACCGACAUGUUAACGAUAAGCAUUCGUCGGCACCGCCGCAGUACAAGUGUCACUACCACCCUUGUACAUAUGCUUCGAAGCGCGAGUCGAACUGCAAGCAGCAUAUGGAGAAGGCGCAUGGGUGGGAAUAUGUCCGGUCUAAAAGCAACGGACGGAAGAAACUUGCUACUCCGGGUAGCGAACGGACUCCCCCUACACCUCUCACGCCAUAUCCGGGCACGCCAAUGUCUGCUCUCCCAACCCCAGUUACACCCCUUCUGCCUUCUCCAUCUGUCCCGGCAAUGGGUGAUUUUUCGUACCCUUACGAAUUCGGUACCCCAGCGCUGAGCAAUGUGAGUGGCGGAUACGCUGAGGAUCUUCGUAGAGGUUCAGGGGCAACGGACUCAACUGCUCUUACAUUUCCCUCAACCCACUCGCCUCUCGAGCGCCCUCUCUUUGACGAUGCUUUCUCACCGGAUGAGCCCUUGCUGAAUCACAACGAUAUUCUUCUUUGUGGCUCCCUUGGGAACCAGCAGCAGCCAUUUCUCCAGCAACCGACGCCAGCGUUGAGCAACACCGCUUACGAAAACUUUGACGCAUUCACUUUGCCUUUGAACAACCCUGUUCCAGACAAUAUCCCUCACCUUUCUCCCGGCGCUCAGCCUGAUGUCACGCUGUUUUCCCCACACAUGCACAUUGACGAAGGCUUCAACGAGGCCAUGCCACCUUUCGAUACGACAUCCGGGGACUUCACGUUGUUCGACAACAUGCCAAUGAGCAACAUCGGUCUGAAUGCCACCAGUGACUUCUUCCCCGAUUUGAAUCAGUUCGGUGGACAAUUUGACAAUCCUUACAUGGAACCUACCAUGACGAAUCCUUUCGAUGAGUUAAUGAAUGGACCAUUCAACAACCGGUCGUAGGGGAAUUUCAUAUCUAGAUGCAUUUUCCUCUUUCCUCAAUCUCUUCUCUUGGGAUCCACGGCGCUGGAAAGGCUUCCAUGAGUGCCUUCAUGGUUACUCUCCGUUGCCUAAGUUAUACUUUUUUUGUGAGAGAUUUCCGCACUUUCAUGGUACCCACGUCUAGUAUUGUGAGACCAAAUUGAUAUUGGUUUACGAGCUUGUGCCCAAGACCGUUGGUUUUAAGACUCUGCAUUUUGUGGCCUGAUUUGGGA